AUUUAAAUGCAGUUUUUGGGUGUACCCGUGAGAAGGAGAUGACAGCGCAAUAAAGGACCAUGGAGAGAGAGAGAAGAAGAAGAAAAGCCUUUUUCUCUCUCUUCCCGCUCCUCCUCCCUCUUUGACAUUCCACCGAAAAAAGUUGAAAUUUCAACUCUUUCACCCUCCCUCGACCCAUUUCUGGACGGACUUAUCGUUUCUACAAUUACCCUUCUCCCAGAUUUCUCCCUCUUUUGUUUUUUUCUUGUCUCCUUCCGAGGAAUCCGAUUCCGACACAAACCAAAGAGGUUAGAAAUUUGUUGGCAAGUGUUUCAUUAGGAGGUGGUAAUAAUGGAAGGAGGGUCUGUUAACGAAUUAAAUGGUGAUUCCACACACCGUUUCAAGGAACAUUCCAAUGCGGAUCAAGCGUUUGACACAACGAUAGAAGAGCUCUGUAAGAAUCUCUGCGAGUUGCAGAGUUCUAACCAGUCUCCAUCAAGGCAGAGCUUUGGAUCAUAUGGUGAUGAGUCAAAGAUUGAUUCUGAUCUACAACAUCUCGCUCUGGGAGAGAUGCGAGACAUAGACAUAACCGACGAUGAAGGAGAGGAGGACGAAGUGGCAAAGCCACAGGAGUUUGAUUUCGUGAGACCAGCAAGUGCUACUACUAAGUCAAACUCUUCAAAGGUUGAUUUGGAGGUCAUGCCUAAGGAUAUGGAGAAACAAGCUGGCAAGAAGAAUGCCAACAAAUCCAACUUAGGAAAUGGUGGCACGAGGAAGAAGAAAGCCGGAGCCAAGUCGCAAAACGGAAAUGAAGAACCGUCAUCCGAAAACGUGGAGCUGGCACGUUUUCUACUGAACCAAGCGAGAAACUUGGUUAGUUCUGGUGAUAGCAUCCACAAAGCUCUCGAGUUAUCUCUUCGAGCUGCUAAGUUGUUUGAGGCUUCUGCAAAUAACAGGAAACCGUGCUUAGAAUGGAUCAUGUGUUUGCAUGUCACAGCAGCAAUCCAAUGCAAGUUGAAGGAGUACAAUGAAGCGAUCCCGGUUCUGCAGCGCUCCGUUGAGAUUCCAGUUGUCGAAGAAGGUGAAGAGCAUGCACUAGCCAAAUUUGCAGGUCUGAUGCAGUUAGGUGACACUUACGCUAUGGUGGGGCAGCUAGAGAACUCAGUAUCUUGUUAUACCGAAGGGUUGAAAAUCCAGAAGAAGGUUUUGGGAGAAAAUGAUCCAAGAGUUGGUGAAACAUGCAGAUACCUAGCCGAGGCUCUUGUACAAGCAUUACGUUUUGACGAGGCUCAACAGGUUUGCGAGACGGCUCUCUCUAUACAUAGAGAAAACGGUUUACCAGCUUCAGUCGCAGAGGCGGCGGAUAGAAGACUCAUGGGUCUUAUAUGUGAGACUAAAGGAGAUCACGAGAACGCCCUGGAGCAUUUGGUGUUAGCCAGUAUGGCCAUGGCUGCAAAUGGACAGGACUCCGAGGUUGCUUUUGUUGAUACCAGCAUUGGUGACUCCUACUUGUCUUUGUCUAGGUUUGAUGAAGCCAUCUGCGCAUACCAGAAAUCUCUCACAGCGCUGAAAACAGCAAAGGGGGAGAACCAUCCUGCUGUUGGUUCGGUUUAUAUCCGUUUAGCUGAUCUAUAUAACCGAACAGGGAAAGUGCGAGAAGCAAAGUCUUAUUGUGACAACGCGCUUCGGAUAUACGAGUCACAUAACCUUGAGAUCUCUCCUGAAGAGAUUGCUAGUGGUCUUACAGAUAUCUCAGUGAUUUGUGAGUCUAUGAACGAGGUGGAACAAGCUAUAACCUUGCUGCAGAAGGCCCUGAAGAUAUACGCAGAUUCUCCCGGUCAGAAAAUCAUGAUUGCAGGGAUUGAAGCUCAAAUGGGAGUGUUGUACUAUAUGAUGGGGAAGUACACUGAGUCAUACAACACGUUCAAGAGCGCUGUCUCGAAGCUACGGGCGACUGGGAAGAAACAGUCGACGUUUUUCGGGGUUGCGCUUAACCAAAUGGGCUUAGCUUGCAUUCAGCUUGACGCUAUAGAAGAAGCUGUUGAGUUGUUUGAAGAAGCCAAGUGCAUUUUAGAGCAAGAAUGUGGUCCGUAUCACCCGGAAACACUUGGAGUGUACAACAACCUCGCAGGAGCGUAUGAUGCAGUUGGCAGGUUGGAUGAUGCAAUCGUUCUGCUAGGACACGUGGUUGGGGCUCGGGAGGAAAAGCUCGGGACAGCGAAUCCAGGAACAGAAGAGGAGAAGAGAAGGUUGGUCCAACUCUUGAAAGAAGCAGGUAAGGUUACAGGAAGGAAAGCUAAGUCCCUCCAGACUCUUAUUGAUUCCGAUCACAUGGCUUCCUCUGCUCUUCGUUAACACAUUAAUAUGUUACUUUUUUCUUCUAUAUAUAGAAAUGUGCAUACAUUGUUUUUUGUUGUCUUUGUGAUUAUGUUUGUGGAAGCGUUUUUCCUUUCAUUGUCUUAAUCAUGUGUACUUUUGGAUAACAGUCUCACAUAAUUUGUUUUAAUUGUUGAAUGAGAAGAUCAUUACCACUUUAGCCAACAUUUAAACUCAUGCUCAUCUCUUCCAUUUCUCUUGUCAGCUUUUUCUUUUACUUUUGUGUCUACAAAUAUACAACUAAAAAUGGUUAUAGACAUUAGCGUUGGCAAAUCCAGAAUUAAUAAUGGAGAUCUGCUUCACGAUCUCUUCAAGUGCGAUCUCAUCUUUAAGUAUAGUAGUAUGGGAGACUCCAGCAAGCUCUACGGUUUUUAAGCUCUCAACUUUGUGAAUCAACUCCAAAGCUGCCAAGCUCGCCAAGUUAACCGUGCCGUCUCCAUCUCCGUACUUAAUCUCUGGCUGCACAUCGAAUCCUCCUUCUCCAUACACCAAAACCUCCGGCGUAUCAACACCUUUCCCAUAGAUGCUAGUGACCGGAACUCCCGGAGUCACUAUAUCCUCUGUCAAAGGCAACACUCUCGUCUUGUAAGGGACAACUCCUUGAGAGAACCCAAUGUCUGCAAGAAACCGGUCCAUCUCAUGAGCCGUGUAGUUAAAUCGUGGAGUAACAACAAGCGGUUUAGUUCUGUCGUGAAACACUUUGGGAGAUGGAAGUAGCCAUUGGUUACUCUCGGAGCACCUCUGUUGCGGCCUGACCAGCAAAGGGUUAACAAAAGGUACACCGAGUGUGUUUCCCGAAGCAAACGUCUUCAUCUGCUCGACGGUCCCACCCCACGGCGCAGCGAGUGCAACAAAGUGUUUGAUGUACUUGCGGCGCCAUGAAGGAGAGCUACGGUUGAGGAAAUAGAGGACGAAAAGGCCUCCAAGGCUAUGGGAGAGGAGUAUCACUGGCUUUCCUUUGUUCUCUCUGCUUGUUUUCUCAACCAAAUGUUUGAGGUCUUGUAGGAACUGUGAGGCUACACGGGUCGGGUGGCCCGACCCAGCCAGGCCGUACCUGAAAUCAUAUGGAGCUCCAAGGAUGGUUUGGUCGUUAACAUACCCACAGCCUUCCUCUAGAGCUUUCACCAAAUGUCCCAUGUAAGAUGUUGCAUCUCUGAGACUAGGGUCGAGGUAGAGAAGGGAUUUGGUAGAACCGAAAUGAGAAACCCGGGUCUGGACACCAGGGGCAUUUUGAUAAUCAUCCAAAUCGGCGUCAUAGCACAACAUCAUCCGUUCGUUGAAGCACUUAGUGAAGGGAGACAAGAGCACUGUUGGAUCGAACCAUAGCCUGAACCAUCCACCACUCUUCUUGCGGAUCGGGUAUAACCAGCUGCUACACCAGACGCUAUCUGGCUUGUAGUCUCGGUCCAGUCUUGCCUCUAGCUGGUUACCGCCGUUUCCUGGAACCAGAAUCAGAGGGUGGACGUUGCUCGUAGCUUGAGACAUGGAGAUCAUUGUCAACAUUAAGACCAUCUCUAUGACUACCAAAUAGUGUGAAGAUGGUUUGUUCAUUUUCUUUACAAGAAACAGUGUCUCGUGGAUUUAUGCAGAGCUGGAGAUUUGGAGGAAAAGAGUAAUGCAGAGAACAGAGUUGUGUCUAAAAACAUUUGACUUUUUAGAUAAGUAGUUUAUGGUGAUAUUGGAACCCGCUUGCUUACCUGGAGACUCUAAAGAUAUUUCUUUCCCCAACUACAUUAUUUAUUUCCUUUUUAUUUUCUUUUAUUUGCGUCUCUAAAAAAACUUUCUUGUACACUGCGAAUUCGAAACAAAAUACUAUACUAGAAAUUGAAAAUUUAUUUUUUUGAAUUUGGAAAAGAAUAAUGCAGAGAACAGAGUGGUAUCUAAAACGUAUGCUUUAAGAUAAGUAGUAUAUGGCGAUAUGGAACCGGCUUGCUUUUCGAGUACUGCUGGAGUGUGUCUGGUGAGUGCUAUUGUUAGUCUGCUUUUCGAGUACACGGUUUGUCGGUGGCUUCCGGGUUGUGGUCUUUUAGCCUCUAUCCUUCAGUCCUCUUCAGCGCAAAAUGUUCGUAUAGUCCGGUGGCUGCUUUCUCUCAGGUUUAGUCUUACAGCAAGCAGAAAAACCUAUACGCCGCUAUUUAACUUCCUCUUUUCUCAGAGAGGAUACGGCUACGGAUACUGCGCCUCCUCCGUCGCCACCAUGUUUGAGUUCCACUGCAGCUCCAUCGAUUGGAAGCCAUCUCCAGUUGUAGCCCUUUCUACCAGCCCCGACGGCUCUCAGGCCGCCGCAGCUCGUGAAGACGGUUCUCUUGAGGUCUGGCUCGUCUCUCCCGGCGCGAUCUCCUGGCACUGUCAACUCAUUAUCCAUGGAGAUCCAAAAUCGAGAAUUUCGUGCCUUGCCUGGCUCGGUGCUGGCUCCAAAGGGUCCUCUAGGUUGUUUUCUUCGAGCAUCGAUGGCACAAUUUCAGAGUGGGAUCUUUUCAACCUGAAGCAGAAGGUCGUCCUUGAGUCGAUUGGAGUAUCAAUCUGGCAAAUGGCUUUAGCACCUCCCUCCACUGAAGCAGGAGGUAGAAAAGCUGAGCUGAUUCAGAAUGGAGACUUGAGUGAGAACUCAGAUGACGAGGAAGAAAGUGGAAUGGAAGAUGGUUCAGAGUUGGACGAGCUUGAGGAGAAAUCGAAGGCCUGUGAUAGGCAUCUUGCAGCUGCCUGUGAUGAUGGCUGCGUGAGGAUAUAUUAUAUCUCCGAAUCAGACGAUUUAACGUACUAUAGAUCUUUGCCUAGGGUCAGUGGCCGUGCUUUAAGCGUGACGUGGAGUUUGGACGCACAGCGAAUCUAUUCGGGCAGUAGUGAUGGGCUGAUAAGAUGCUGGGAUGCUAAUCUCUGCCAUGAGGUAUAUAGAAUUACAGUUGGACUUGGAGGACUUGGAAAUGGGUCUGAGCUCUGCAUUUGGUCACUUCUUUCACUGAGAUGUGGAGUUCUUGUCAGUGGAGAUAGUACAGGAAGUGUCCACUUUUGGGAUAGCCAGCAUGGAACCCUUUUGCAGGCGCAUUCUAAUCACAAGGGUGAUGUCAAUGCACUUGCAGCAGCCCCAAGUCAUAACCGUGUGUUUUCUGCUGGUGCCGAUGGACAGGUUAUUCUAUAUAAGCUCGCUGGUGGUACAUUUAAUUCACGAGAUCUGAAACCUUCUUCCAGUCAGAAGUGGGAUUUUAUCGGUUGUGUAAGGGCUCAUACGCAUGACAUCAGAGCUCUCACUGUGGCAGUGCCAAUAAGUACGGAAGGUUCCCUUUCGGACAGUAAUGCAAAAGGACCAAAUCCUAAACAGCGCAGGAAGGAGAAGCCAGUUGGUUUCAGUUACCAUAAAUGGGCACACUUGGGGGUUCCCAUGCUCAUUUCAGGUGGUGAUGAUGCAAAGCUUUUUGCAUACUCGGUUCAAGAGUUCACUAAGUUCUCUCCACAUGAUAUAUGUCCUGCGCCUCAGAGAGUACCUAUGCAGAUGGUUCAUAAUACAGUGUUCAAUCAGACUUCUCUUCUCUUGGUUCAGGAUUCUUCUUCUUUAGGUAUUCUUAGUAUUCACAUAAGCAGUGAUUCUAGUGGGCGUGUCUCCACCAAACCACUGGUUCGUGUUAUAAGUAAAGAUGCCCGGAAGAUCAUAUGCAGUGCAAUGUCUAACACAGGAUCACUUUUUGCUUAUUCUGACCAACUUCGCCCAAGUCUUUUUGAGUUGAAGAAAGAUAAACUUGGAAAAAAUCCAUGGAGUGCCAAUAGAAAGCGACUUCCCAAACUUCCAUUUGCUCAUUCCAUGGUCUUCAGCAGUGACUGCUCUCGGCUGAUAAUAGCUGGGCAUGAUAGAAGGAUAUAUACUGUUGACAUUGAUAGCAUGACGUUAUUACAUACUUUUACUCCACGUCAGGAGGGGAUGGAGGGUGAAUCUCCUUCUCGCGAGCCUCCGGUUACAAAACUGUAUACUAGCUCAGAUGAUCAAUGGCUAGCUGCUAUUAAUUGCUUUGGGGACAUGUAUGUGUUCAACCUGGAAACACAGAGACAGCAUUGGUUCAUGUCAAGGCUUGAUGGUGCAUCUGUUGCAGCCGCUGGGUUUCAUCCGAGGGACAACAAUGUGCUUGUGAUCUCAACCUCUUCAAACCAGGUCUUUGCAUUGGACGUGGAGGCUAGACAGUUGGGCAAGUGGUCAUUGCUGCACUCUUUUUGUUUGCCAAAGAGAUUCCAAGAGUUUCCUGGUGAAGUCGUAGGACUCUCAUUCUCUCCAUCACCAAAUUCAUCAUCUGUGAUCAUUUACAGCUCCAGAGCAAAGUGUUUGAUUGAAUUUGGGAAGCCGACAGAACAAGACCAAGAGAUGGACGACAUUCCAUACGGUAAGAUUGCAAGCAUUGGUAUGGAGAAGAAACUGGGGAAUGGAACCAGGAAACGUAGGUUUGAGGAGUACCAAAAAAAGAGCAAGAGUAGCAAUGAGAGAGAGAACUUUGAAAUGGUAACUUCGAAGCAUCCGGUUCUAUAUUUAAGACAUCUAUCCAAGAAUGCAAUCUUGGUGGUGGAGAAACCAUGGAUGGAAGUUAUCAAGAGUCUCGAUACACAACCAGUUCACAGACAUAUAUUUGGAACAUAAGGGAGGAGAUGGAGAGCUCAAGAAAAUUUUCCUUUUUAUCGGUUUAUGUAUUUUCCAAGCAAAAUCAGUCAUCUGUUACUACUGGAUCAUAGAUUUUAAAAUCUUUAUCAAAAUUUUGGUUCUAUAAUUUUAAAAUUCUAAUUAAAAUCUUAUAUUAUCGGUUAUAACUGAUAUGAUUUUGUAAUUUCUACCUUAAAUUAGGAGGGUGU